CGGCUCGGCUGCGACGCACCGCCCCGCGGGCGAGGCCGGUAGGAGGUGCGGCUACCGGGAAGGUACCGAGCGUAGGGGGAGCGGGGUCCGUGUUGCCACCGCCUCGCCACGGUAACCGUGAUGCGUUCCACUCGCGGCUCCCCGCUCCUGGGAAUCCCUGCCGCGGGGUCGAUCGCUGCCGAGCAGGAGGGCUCUAACUCUGGGAGGACCCCAGUGUUUCUCUAAUGGUGUGUGAAGACUGACUCUCCGGACAUUGCCUGACCUCUGACCCGUCAGCAUGGGGAGGAUCGGCAUCUCCUGUCUUUUUCCUGCUUCCUGGCAUUUUAGCAUCUCUCCAGUGGGCUGUCCUCGAAUUUUGAAUACCAACUUACGCCAAAUUAUUGUUAUCAGCAUUCUAGCUGCUGCUGUUUCACUUUUAUACUUUUCUGUUGUCAUAAUUCGAAGUAAGUACGGGCGGCUAUCCAGAGACAAGAAGUUUCAAAGGUACUGGGCACGAGUCACUGACAUUGAAGCCACAGACACCAAUAACCCCAAUGUGAACUAUGGUAUCGUGAUAGACUGUGGGAGCAGUGGGUCUCGGAUAUUUGUCUACUGCUGGCCCAGGCAUAAUGGCAAUCCUCACGAUCUGUUGGAUAUCAGACAAAUGAGGGAUAAAAACCGCAAGCCAGUGGUUAUGAAAAUAAAACCCGGCAUUUCAGAAUUUGCUACCUCUCCAGAGAAAGUCAGUGAUUACAUUUCUCCACUCUUGAACUUUGCUGCAGAGCAUGUACCACGGGCAAAACACAAAGAGACCCCUCUCUACAUUCUUUGCACAGCUGGGAUGAGAAUCCUUCCUGAAAGCCAGCAGAAAGCCAUCCUGGAAGAUCUUCUGACUGAUAUCCCCGUGCACUUUGACUUUCUGUUUUCUGAUUCUCAUGCAGAAGUAAUUUCAGGGAAACAAGAAGGUGUGUAUGCUUGGAUCGGCAUUAAUUUCGUCCUUGGACGAUUUGAGCAUAUUGAGGAUGAUGAUGAGGCAGUUGUGGAAGUUAACAUUCCUGGUAGUGAAAGCAGCGAAGCCAUUCUCCGUAAAAGAACUGCCGGUAUUCUCGACAUGGGAGGCGUGUCGACCCAGAUAGCAUACGAAGUCCCCAAAACUGUAAGCUUUGCCUCCUCACAGCAGGAAGAAGUAGCGAAGAACUUGCUAGCUGAAUUUAACCUGGGAUGUGACGUUCACCAGACUGAGCACGUGUACCGAGUCUACGUGGCCACGUUUCUUGGGUUUGGUGGCAAUGCUGCUCGACAGCGAUAUGAAGACAAGAUAUUUGCCAACACAGUUCAGAAGAACAGGCUCCUGGGGAAGCAGACUGGUCUGGUUCCUGAUACUCCUUACCUGGAUCCCUGCCUACCCCUGGACAUUAAAGAUGAAAUCCAGCAAAACGGACAGACCAUAUACCUGCGGGGAACGGGAGACUUUGACCUGUGUCGAGAGACUCUCCAGCCUUUCAUGAACAAAACGAAUGAGACGCAGACUUCCCUCAAUGGGGUCUACCAGCCCCCGAUUCACUUCCAGAACAGUGAAUUCUAUGGCUUUUCUGAAUUCUACUACUGCACUGAGGAUGUGUUGCGAAUGGGGGGAGACUACAAUGCUGCUGCAUUUACUAAAGCUGCAAAGGAUUAUUGUGCAACAAAGUGGUCAGUCUUACGGGAGCGCUUUGACCGAGGACUGUAUGCCUCUCACGCUGACCUCCACAGGCUAAAGUAUCAGUGCUUCAAAUCUGCCUGGAUGUUCGAGGUGUUUCACAGCGGCUUUUCAUUUCCUGUCAGCUAUAAAAAUUUAAAGACAGCCUUGCAAGUUUAUGACAAGGAGGUUCAAUGGACCCUUGGAGCAAUCCUUUACAGGACCCGCUUUUUACCCUUAAGAGAUAUCCAGCAAGAGACCUUGCGGGCCAGUCACCCCCACUGGCGGGGCUUCUCCUUCGUCUACAAUCACUACCUGUUCUCUGGCUGCUUCCUGGUGGUCCUGCUGGCCAUCCUGCUCUACCUGCUGCGGCUGCGGCGCAUCCACAGGCGGACCCUCCGCAGCGGCUCGGCUGCCACCCUCUGGCUGGAGGAGGGAUUUCCGGCCCAGACGAUUGCGGGCACCUUGUGACCUGGAGUCAGAGCCCAGGGACUUUCUAAAGGAAAAGCCAUUUUCACCUCAGGGUUUCUCCUCUUUAUUCCCAUUUGGUUUUAUUUUUCCUUUCCCUUUUUGUUCCUUGGAACAAAAACAAAAUCCAUUAUUUGUAAACUCUGUUGUCCUGGAAGUAUUGCAUUUAGCCUGUUUUGUGUAGCUUUAAAUUGAGGAAUAGGAAGAAGGGAAAAUCACUUCAUUUUUGCUGCAUAGGAUAUCUGCCAAAAAUUCCUAAAAUUUUUGGUUUUUCUUUAAAGUAUGUUUAAUUUUAAACAAACGCACUUUGAUAUUAGAGGGAAAUGGCAAAGCUCUUGUCUGUCAGGGGAGAUAGGAAGGAAGAGUGAUACUUUUCACAGAACCAAAAAACUUGCUGACUGUAAUUAAUUUUUUUUUCCUCUAUCUUGAAAGCUCCGCCAUAAAGAGGGUGAUGUUUAGUUUUUAUUUAUUGUUCAGAUCUGUCACUAUGUCUUCUCUGCAGGUUUAAAAAAUCAAAACCGUUUAUAU